CCUUAGUUCUAGGUUGCUAUUUUUGAAUGCUUAUUUGAAAUAGUGUAAUACAAGUUAUUGCCCCCGCAGGGCCGGAACCCGAGGAGGCACCCUAAUGUCCCCCGCGUAAAGAAGAAGUAUCGUAUUACUGUUAGUAUAUGCGAAGCUUUCCCGAUUUGAUGAAACUAGGCGCGCAUGGUGGUCCCGGUUAAUUUUCUGCGCGUGCGCGUGGCUCAGCAACCGCGCAAACUGGGUUUGUCAACGAGUCGCACUCGCCGAAUUGUGUCGUACACAAGCACAACAAGUGGCUCCAAAUCCUCGUCCGGGAAGAUUUUCCACCGAAACUCCCCUAGAGCGAGAACGCCGACUUCAAAUUCAGCGUGAACAACGAAGGAGAAGACGUCAACAAGAAACCGCGGAGUAGAAGGAACAUCGAUGAGCACAGCGAAGGCAACGCCGACAACAACAGACAGAGGAACAGGAGAUUGGAAUCAAAGGAAUUAUGAUCGUUUUACACUGUCGAAAACCCAGAUUUCUUAGUUUGCCGGUUUCCCCGCAGAUAUAUAGAUCAAAGUCUGCAAAGUUUCAGCUCCGUAUUACGGCCCGAAUAACAAUAAUUUUCAGGCGAACUGCACCGGGCCAUAUUUGUUCUUUGUUUUUGUCUUUUUCUAAAUGCGGGCGGCGAAAUAAUGCUAAAUGUGCUUUUCAAUACACUGUUAACAAUAACACUACAUAAUACGCAAAAAAGAAGAAGAAGAAGAGAAAGAACAACGUAUGGACCUUUAACACGAUAUUCGCGGUUGGUCACCCGUCCAGUUCGUAACCCCGACCGACAGGGCUUAACUUGAGUGCCGUUACCAAACCGAGUUUCGCGAAGGUUAUUGCGAGAUACAUAUUUCUAUAGAGUUAAAAAGUUAUUCAGCAGUACUGCACAAUUGUUUGGUAUUAAAGAACUUGAUUUGUCAGACACAAAUCAGCAACGUGGAUCGACAGAACUUUAAACUGGUUUUGUCAACGUGGAUCGACAAACUCGAUUCAAACCAUAUCAGGAAUAGCUCAAAUUUCUCAAAACCCAGUCAAAGACAAGAAAGGUGCUAUCGUAAAAUAACCGGGUUUUGUUCUAUAUUAAGGUAUUCAGGGUUUAAUAAACAGUGGUCCAUGUGUUUUUAGGGUUAGUUUAUGGCGAAAUCCCGAUUAUUUUAUUUGAUACAAGGACAUGCCAGAAAAAAUGAACUGGGAAAUAUCUCAAAGGUGAGAAACUUGAAACAGUGGUCCAUGUUUUUGUAUGGUUAGUUUAUUGCGAAAUCAUUUAUAUCAGUUGCGUUCGACGUUGCGUUCAAGAAUGUCACACUCGAAGCCAAAGCAUCCGUUCGACACAUUAGUUAUAGGAAAUUUAGUUACAAAUAGAUAAUUAAAGAUGGUUUUGCUGUUUAACACGCGUUCUAUUACAUUUGCAGUGUUGGUUGAACUCAUUAUGAGAUGUAUAAAAAACAAUUGUCCAUCCUAGGCAUGUCAUGUAUGAGGAUUUUCAUUAACCCAGGAAACAAAGGGUAAUAAUUGAGAAAACACAAAAGAGAACAAAAGAAUUACACUCAGAAACUCUAAUACGAAAACUGCAUUUCAAAGGUUCAUGGCAAAUACAUGGACAACCACAAGGUGUCUUCAUUCGGGUUUUAAAAGGUCGGGGGCAGAUUUAGUGACAACUAUAACUAGUAUAAAUUUUUGAUAAUCCCUGAUACCAAAUAUAUUAGAGGAAUAUAUUAAGGUCAUUUAAAGGGGGACUAUCCUGUAAUAGCCUGCAACAGGAGCCCAUAACCCGGGGGUUUCUGUAGUCCUCCUCCAUUUGUUGAUAAUAAUUAGUUUAAUGACAUGUAUUGAUUAAAAUGGAUAUAAACUUGAUUGAUUGAUUGAUUGAUGUUAUGUUAUCCUCGUCACUGAUGCGCCAGCCUAUUUAUAUUCAUUUAUUUCCCUGUUUGUCAAAUAGAGUUGAUUCUCGGCCCUAAAGUCAUGAGUUUUCUCGUGACGUCGGGAGAUAAUCGCUUGGGGCGUACGUCGCUUGUUUUUUUCUAUUCAUUUUUACGAUGUAAGGAAAAGACCAGCGUCAUCAGUCAAGGUCACUGUAUUGAUUAAUUUCCUUUUCUCAAAAAGAAAUUCAUUCCCAACCUCACGAUCACGAGUUUUCCCGGAAGCUUGGUAACCAGGCUAUUUGUUAAGAGUUUUCCCAGAUUCUUGGUAACCAGGCCAUGACACUAAAACACGAGCGAACUCGCACGUAAUGCGACCAGACGGUGUUACCAAUUAUUGUGGACUGAUCAAAUUUGUUUCAUGAGCUCUAGCUGUAGAAUGUCCACUCAAGUAAAAGAAGGAAUUAGCAAAGGUUCUGGAGAACCUGUUAAAGUAGCAGCCAAAAAACACAGAUGGUACCUCGGAGGUAUUGCCUCAGCAAUGGCUGCCUGCUGCACGCAUCCAUUGGAUCUGUUGAAGGUACUGAGCAUCUUUUUGAACUAGAUGUUGAGACGCCUAUGUAACCCGUGCCAUCAUGGGUUUUAAUACAAUGUGAACUCUGAAAAAAAUGCGACAAUUUUUUUGUCCUGUAUUUAUUUUUAAAAUAUUUUUCGUGGGGAGGGGUUGGGGGGUCUCGUCGUUUAAGUUUUCAAUUCAUUCGUUUCAGAUCGAUGUGUUGGCUCAGACGUCAUUUGUUUAUUUUGAAAAUCAUAAGAGCUGAACCGCUGUUUAGUUUUGAAAGUGACCCAGUCUGAGUCGCUCCUUAUUUCUUAAAGUGAAACCGUCCAAAUGGAAAAUAAUUAGAAUCAAGGCAAUGCUUUGUUCUACUUGUCCCACCUCACCGUUUAGAUAUCCGGAAACAGCCGUGGAUUCUUGUUGUAGUUUAGGCAAAUAAUUAAGAUAUAUCAAUCAGUUUCUUUUUUUUUCAGUGUGUUUUAUUAAGGCGUGAGAUAAGGAAUGCGUACAUUUGCGCUUCUCCCGAAGUUGUUUAGUCUUGAUGUGGUCGUGCAUAUUCACGAUAGAGUAUCUUACAGCUGAUUUUACUCACUCGCGAUCGUAUGCACAUUUCAGUUUAACUCAUUUUUGUCGAAGUUUAAAUUUUACUCUUAUUACAUAUUUGCACCCCAUUUUGAUUAAAAAUUUUAAGUAUGGCAAAUUCCUGUGGAGCUGCACGAGUACUACGAUGUUAAAUAAAUUAUGUGUUUAUGAUCAUGUAAGUUGGCCAACUUGUUAGGACAAGCAAGUGGGGGAGAGGGGACAGAGGUCUCCUUACAAACGUAUCGUAAAGUUUCGAGUGCUUUUAAGCAACGUUUGAAAACCUCUCUGUAGAAGUAAUUACUGAACAUAGUUCAUUUAGUUUUAAUUUAACUUUAUUUAAAGCACUGAGAUUUCUUUUCCUUAAAAACCUUCUAUUACAAUUAUUAUUGAUUUGAAACUAACAAUCCCUGAAAGUUAUAACAAUACCUCCAAUAUUAAACCCACAAUUGACUAUUUUUCCUUUUAUUCAUUACAAGUGAAAAUUCAAAAAGAAGAAACUGAAGGAAAAGCUGAAAAGGAGAAACUGAAGAAAAAUGUGCAUAUAUGCUUUUCUUUCAUUUUCAGUUUCUUUCUGUUCUUUUAUUGCAAAUGUUCUACACCCAAAGAAAAAGAGCAGUGGCUUGAUUUAAAAACACGUUUUACCAGAAAUUUCAUUCUUUAGUUUUAGUUUCAGUAAAUAGGAUAUCUGUAGUUGUCUUUCUAGCAUUCCCACAUUUGCACUGUAACUACAUAAUUACACAUAACUACAUAAUUAUUUUGACAGUCAUGUACGUGUAUGAAAUGUUAACAGGUUUUGACCUCAGAAAUUAAUAAACCCCAAAAGUAACAGUCUCCAAAAGAAGCUACUAACUCCUAAAGGCUGUGUAACUAUUCCAAGUGUAACAAGGGUCAUUACCUUUCAAGUAGUUUCCCUGAAAAAACCUUUUUUCAAAUAAUUGAUAUUAAGAGUAACAGAUGAACCAAAAGCCUCCUUGUAUGUUCACGUUUAUGUACAUGUACCUUUACCCCCUGAGGUUAAUUUGGGAAUUGCCCUCAGCUACAAUUAUGCAACAAUCAGACUUGAUUUCUACAUGUAUAGACUUCAGCUACCAUAUGGACUAGCAUUCACCAUAUAAAACAUUUACUGAUACCACACUGCAGCUGCAGAUCAUAGUAUUGUGUGGUUCCAGAAAAUAUCCAUACCACACCUACAGAAGGGACUUGCCGUAUGACGCCCCUCGCCUCUGGAUUUUCUGAAAUCAGCCUCCAAACUCCCCCCCCCCCCCUGCCCCCGCCGAAAAGAUAUCUGAGAAACCAACCCAGAGGUUCCUUUCUAAAUACUGGUACACGCCAAAACCUCUGUGGUUCUUUUUUUUGGUCAUACUUCGGGUAAUAUUUGCUUCAACAAACAACAACACCUCCCGAGAAGUUGAAGGAGUUUCAUAUUCUCUUUUUCUUAAACCCCACCGACAGCUUCAAAAUAUGGAUGUGGUUGUGCCAAAAAAAACCCAUACCCCACCCACCGAAGGGGCUUGACAUUUGACCCCCCUCCCCCCUUGAUUUUCUUAAAUAAGCCUCCAAACUCCCCCCCCCCCCCCUGCCACCUACGAAAUGACGUCUGAGAAACUAAUGCAGAAGUUCCAUUCUGAUGACGCGUCACAGCCAAGAUCUCGGUAGUGCUUCUGAUUGGUCAUACUGCUGGUAAAAUUUGCUUCAACCAAUCAGAAGCACUACCCAGAUCUGGGUAGUGAUGCAUCAUCAGUACGGAAUUUCUGUGCUUGUUUCUCAGAUGUGAUUUCAUGGGGAAACCUUUGGUGGCAUUGUGAAAUGUUGGCUGUUUUCUCAGGCUAAGCAAAACGGAAAGAUUUUCAUUUCCACAGAACAACUCUGCCAUGACUGACCUUUUGAUUUAUAUCGAUAACACUGCGUCUUGUUUAGUUAUUUUUAAUUCUGAAGAGAGAGAUGUCAUGCUUGAAAAGUUCUGAUGUGACAUUUUAAUGGAACAAGUUCAGGAAGUUGUGGACGUCAAUUACAAGUUCACACAGUUAAUUGGCAGCAAAUGAGUUUUAGUUGAUCCUUGAUCAACUAUCACGGGGCCUAAUAAUUAGGCACCGAACACUGAACCGAUCUUGUUCUUAGUUUCUGAGUUUCUUUGUACUUCUUUAACUUUCCUUAUGUUUUAAAUCUUGGCAAAUAAAUUGUGGAAGUGAAUUUUUGUGUUUUUUCCUUGUCACUCUCUUUUGUGUCAUGAGAACCGUCUGGAAAUAUCUCCCUGUGGUGCACCCCCCCCUUCCCACUGGAAAAUUAGGCAAAUUAAUCCCCCCUCCCCCUAGGAAAAUCUGACCCCUUCUGUGGGGUUGUCAUGGAUAUUUUCUGGAACCACAUAUUAAGGUAUUCAAUUUUCAAUAAUCUUGGUUUGAAGUUGGCAUGUUAGUUUGAGGGAAUUACAUUUCAAAUUUCUAGUUUGUGCUCCCAUGUGUCAUUAAUUUACACGUUAAAAAUUUGCUGACAUUAAUUUCCAUUCAAGUAUAAGCCCAUAGGAUCUUGUUGUUAGGUAAAUUUCUUAAAAUCUGUGUAUGAAAUAUAACUGUUAAGUAAUAAUUUUAUUAACCCCCUCUUUUGUUUGUUUCAUUGCAUUGUAGGUUCAUUUACAAACACAACAGCAAGCUACUCAUAAUCUGACAUCUAUGGGCAUUCAUGUUGUGCGGACACAGGGGGUUUUGGCUCUAUACAAUGGACUCUCAGCUUCUUUAAUGAGACAGGUAAAAUAAAAGAGUCAACAUCCAGUUUUUCAGAGAUCAGAUACAUUGAAUAACAGCUUUAUGCACUUAAAUCAGAAAACUAAGCAAUGACCAGCUGAUCAUAGGAUUGGGCUGAGGAUAUUUUUGGGCUAUUUAUGUACUCUUAUUCACAAACCCCGUUACCUUUUGGUGUACCCUAAAAGUACAUUUUGUACCGUUUAAGUGGUUUCCAAAACAGGAAUACAUACGUACAUCCUGUGCCGUAAAGAAUACAGCCAAUCAGGAAGGUAGAAGCCUGUUGUAUAUUCUGUGGUAUGCAAUGGAGAGGGGUGAAUAGGGGUAUGCAAAUCCGCCGAUCCGUUGUGAUUUAUUAACCAAAUCCGCCGAUAAAAUUUUGCCUGAAUCCAAAAAAUCCGGGCAAAAUACUUUUAUUACACGCAAAGUCCAAAAUCCGGGCCCAAAAAAAGGAACAAUCCACUGCAGUUGCAGGAUCCGAAAACCCGUUAAAAUCUCGCUUUGAAUCUGAAAUCCCGGCAAAAAUAUUUUCAAACUCCGCCGAUCCGUUCGCCUAUUCACCCCCCUCGCAAUGGGUAGUACUUUAGGAAAAGAUCCCAGUGAGCAUUUAGCAAUGGCCUAAACUUUUCAUAACCAUCACCUAUUCUUAGCUAAAAAGGUAAUUCAAGACAUAAUCAAAUAGACUACAAAGGACAAAGAAAUUAAGGAGUUUAUUAGCCAAGGGGAACAAAAACAUGCCAGUUAACCAGGGUUGCAAAGACCGAGGUAAAUCCACAUUGCAAAACAGCAAUUAGCCUAACAGAAAUCCUGUAAGCAUACAACAGUUGUCUUGCCAUUACACAAUGCAGAAAAAGAAUACAGAGGUGUCAUUUUCAGAAAAUUAAUAUAGUAUUAAAGGUGACUUUCUUCGAGGUUACCUGUGAUAUUGAGGUUAUGUUGUAAUGAUGAUUGGUUAUCCUUCUGCUUCUGCUUCCGACUCCGACAAACUGGUUUUCACUAGAUCAUAAGCGGAACGUAAGCGAUGAAGUCGUAAGCAGAGUCGGAAGAAAUGGAAACGUUCUGAUUCUUCUGACUCCAAUUCCCUUGCACUUAUGAUUCUGCUUAUGACUCCGAUUUUUUAUUUUCACUAGAUUAUAAUCACUCUUAUGACUCCACUUACGACUCUGUCGCUAGUGAAAACCAGCCUUUAUGGCAAUGCUUUCUCAUGCUACACUUUAUGCCUAAAAAUAUCCCACUUGUGACUUGAUUUUUCUUUGUUGAUACAUACUCUUCUAAACCAUGUGCAUACAUGUUCUAAAAAAUUUAAGGUCACACCCUUUAGUAGUAUACCAUAAAAUAUCCCAUGAGAGACUUGUAUUUUUUUUAGUACGUGUAAGUUCAUCAUAUGUAUUAACAGCCUUAUGAAGUUUCUAACAUAGUUUUGUCAUAAAUUCAUAUCAGCUAACAUAUUCCACUACACGUUAUGGAUUAUAUGAGGUGGUUUCAGCAGAACUAAAGAAGACAAAUGGUAAGGAAAGCCUCUUGUUAGUCCAAGUUAAAAGUUCACAGCCUUUCCCCCAGACCUAAAUGUACAGUAUCCUACCCCUAUCUCCCCCUUAAGCCCCCUAAUUGUAAAGGAGGAACCACCAAAUCCCAUGCUAUCAGGAAUAUGCUUUUUGUACAAGAAAGACAUUGCCUAACUGUGCUCUGUGUAUUACUUAAGUUUAGUUUAAUUCAUAACACUUAUGCUAAUUUUUUAUGGUAAGUCAAUAUUGACUGUCAUGUAGUAGGUUGUAAUGUCUCUUGUUUCUUUAAUUAAUUAUUAGACCCACUGCCAUUCUACCAAAAAAUAUGCAUUGGAGCAGUGGCUGGUGAGUGGAUUAUUUCUUUUUCAAAGUCAAUUCAUUGAGAGUUGUAGGUCCACGUGGGAUUAGAAAUGUUGAUCCAUAAGCAUACUUUUUUUGUUGCUGACUUAUGAUUAGGGUAUCUAGUAUGCAUUUAGAUGACAAAAGGAAGGUGAGAAUAAAACUAAGUACGUUGAGAUUAUUUUAACCCGAGUUUCAUUUUGAAUUCAUCAUACAUUUUUUUAUACAUGUAAAGUAACCAUAAAAUACUGUUAUUGUAAUGCAUACAUUGUAUGUAAACAGUCAGAGCCUCCUUGACUUGCAAUACUGAUAGAGGCAUUGCCACGCCCUGGAUGUCUAUUUAAUUUUAGGGGUCCAAGCGGGGGCUUGGACUUAGACUAAUUAUUAUUCAUGAAUUAGGGCUAGGAGACAAAGGAAAUUGAGAAUCAACCUAGGUUAAAAAAUUUUAACCUGAAUUUGAUUUUGACCGCUAACAGUGAUGUCAGAAUCCUUGCUGAGGGGUACUGCAUUACCAUAGUUAGUCUAUCCUUACUUUGAACUUGACACUAAACAAGAUGAAAUAUGCAAAGCCUUGUUAAUCGAGUAGGAGACUGAAUGAAUUAACAGUGUAGAGAGGUUGUUUAUUAGAUAAGAGGCUUUCAUUUGGAAGUGGGCGUUUAUUAGGUCAUGGUAUUUUUAAGCUCCUCUACGAGGCAGAAUUUUGUGAUUGUUGUAUUUUUUUCUUUGUUUCAGGAUUUUUAGGUGGAAUUGUUGGAAAUCCUGCAGAUAUGGUUAAUGUGAGGUGAGGAUAUCCUAAAAUGUAAUCAUUUCCAAUUGGCACACAGCUUUACUUGAAUGUAACUUGGCCAAUAAUAUCUGCAGAUAAGCUAGAAAAAAAUCCCUCCUCAUAAGAAACCUCCCCAUGUAGUCCAAAUUCUGUCAGAAAAGUAUUCUGCAUUUAUUCAGUACACCUUUAUUUGGAAUGUUAUAACCUUGUCUUGUUAAUUUAUUAACUAGUUGUGUGUUAAAUGUUUGUUAACAGCCCUCUUUGGCAAAUUUUAUGUGGGAUUUGGACUGGCACUGUCAGCAUAAGUACAUGUAAAAGUUAUUAUUGUUGAAAUUAAUGUCGGCAUUCUACUUUUAUUGGUGAGUCUUUUUUGUGCUUACUGGCUUUAUAGCCAAAAAGCAUCAUGUCAAUGUCUGUGUAAGUCUAUCUGUCCAUCCUUCUGUAAGGGUAUUUCUGUUGUCCUGUUAGUGCAAAGCGUUAACGCUAUAACCUUUAGAGCCGAAAGGUGCUGGAUUUGAUACCCACUAUCACCCUUUUUUUUCCUGAUGAAUUCUAUCGGUUUUCUUUUUUCUUGAUGCCCAAUAAUUUAAUUAAUAUAAAGAAAGUACAUUAACCAUUUCGAAGAAAAUUAGAUUUAAAUAUAUAAAUUUGCAAGAAUUUAGUAACUUUAGUCAAUUGAGAUCCGGGGUUUCGAUUGCUACUCAAUUGCAUGGGCUCAGUUUUGAUCAAUACUCAAUUGUGCCUUUCCUUUUGAGGACUUUGACAAUUUUUUUUUGCUAAAAAAAAAAAAAAAACAAGGCACACACUGAAACAAACUAUUAAAUAAAUAAAAUUUGCUUGUUUUGAAUUAAAUGAACUUGUAGCACACAGCUUUAACGUUUUUCACUUUAACCUCCGAAGCAGAGCUACUGGGUUCAGUGCCAGUACCCGGCAUCACCCAUAUUUUCUUCAAUGUAUUCAGUAGAUUCUUUUCUUCUUUUUUUUUUUUCCUUUUUAUGGUCACUGCAGUGAAGACUAUUCAUAGCCAUGUAGUAAGCGCAUGUCCUCUCAGGGGACUAUUUUCUGACACGUCAUACAUGCCAGGUCUAUCAACUCAUCAUUUUAACUUUUUGCAGGAUGCAAAAUGAUGUCAAAACUAUUGAUGUUGCUAAACGAAGAAAGUAAGUCAAAACAGUGUUUUCAAGAAACUUAAAUAUUAUACAGUCACUAAGAAUUCGAUGACCAGGCCUCAGUUGUGCAAAAGGUGGAUAGUACAAUAAUACCAUCCAGUGAAUAAAUGGAAUUGGUUUCCCUAAAGCUUAUCCACUGGAUUAAACAGUAAAUUAUAUUUAUCCAUUGGAUAGUGCCAUCCACUGUUUGAACUACUGGGGUCAAAUAAACACGUGCUCCCCUUGAAUAAGUGCAAAAAUAGUGUUAAGCACCACACCCAGCUGGCCUACAAUGUAGUGCCAGUGUUGAAUUUAAUAUUCUUUUUGACAUUACUUCAUUAUUGUUGAUUGGCUUCUUUCUCUUUUCUCGUAGUCUCUGAGAAAAACAAAGAAAAAAAUUACAAAUUACUGUGUUAUUUGCAAAUGAGAAAAUUUAUAAAAGCACUGAAGCCCUCCAAUAAACUUUACACUGAGAGGUGUGAUAAUAUCUGAUACGUGCCAGGGCUGUUACUUGUCAGUGAGUAUAUCUCAUGGUAUGCUUAACAGUUAGCUCUUGUAUCUUUACAGCUAUAAACAUGUUUUUGACGGUCUCUACCGAACAGCAACAGAAGGUAUAUUAAAUUACAUAUAUUUAUUUUGUGUCUUACAAAAAAUGCAUCUUUGUGGGCUGUACAAUUUGCAGUUAAUAAUACUUAAUGCAUAAAGGUUGCAAAAUAUAUUAAUGUUAAUGUUCAUUUUUAUAAAAUAAUUUAAUAAAUGAUUUGUUUUUCUUUACCAUAAAACAGAGGGCGUGACCACAUGGAUGAGGGGUGUCACUAUGACCUCAUCGAGGGCUCUUCUUAUGACAGUGGCUCAGGUACACUGUAAGCUUAGUUAUGACGUCUUUUUUCCAUAUUUGACAGUAGCUCAAUAGAAUAAUAUUAUCGAUCAGCAACUUAGUGUCUUAAUCAAAGGGGUCUGUGUUUCAUGGCAUACAAGUUUCUAAUAUUGUAAUAUUUAAAAAUAUAUCCCUCCCAUUGUAGCAAAACUGGUAUUUCUGAAUUUUGACCAGGAGAAGUGUUGAGAUUUUUUUUAGUAAAUGAAAUAUCGUAAAAUCACAUGUUAAAGCCCUGGGCUGAUAUAACUUCAUAAGGGUUUUUGGGUGGGCUUAUAAAUUGGGGGGCUUAUUUCCAGGGGUAGGCAGGGGGGGGGGGGGGAAUAACGGGGAAAAAAAAAAGUGUUUUGGAAAAAAGGAAAAAAAAGGUUUUGGAAAGGAAAAAAAAUCAAACAAAAAAACACCUUUCAUUUUGAGUUUACUCCAAAAAACAUUAAUUGCGGUCCAAAAAAAAGGAAAAAGUUUUUAAAAAUUUUUAUAAGUUGUGUUUUUUUGAUAUUUUGGAGUGAGGAUGGUUUAGAUUUUUUUUUAUUAAUAGUAAAUUUGUAAAUUCAAUUUUUAAGCCCUGGGGUUAAAGAAUUUUUAUAGGGUUUUUGGGGGGGGUUUAAAAGUGGGGGGGGUUAUUUCGAGGGGGGGGGGGGGGGGGGGGGGGCAUAUACGUGGAAUAAAAAAAGUGUUUUGGAACAACGAGAUAAAACGUUUCUGAGAAGCAAAUAAUAUCAAAGCAAACAUACCAUUGCAUUUAGAGUUACAUCCAUAAUACAUUAAUGUGCGUCACAAUAAACGGAUAACGUAUUUCAAAAACAUCUAUAAAGCAGUUAUGUGACUGGAAAAACUGGAACCAAACAGAAGAAAAGUUAAAAAAAAUAAAAGCCUUAGCGUUAUCAAUUUGCCUGUUUGCCGUGAAAUGGUCCUCUCGGUAGCUUUCACAAAGUUCAUAUUUGUAUUUGAAUGUUUGAGAACAAUUAUUUCAUAGUUUCAUAGUUCCAGCUCAAGUGGCAACUGAGUUGAACAGUUGUGUUGGAAAUGAACAGUGGAACAGAACUCGUAGCAUUGUUAUUAUAUGCAUGAACAUUUGUUUCUUUCUUCGGUAUCAAUAUGAUUAUUGUUCUAAACUCCACAGCCACUUGUUUAUGCCUAUGUCUUUAGAUUAAAAAUUUUGAUGUUUGUAUAGAAACGCAAAAGGAACGUACUUAUAAUAAUACAUGGGCUUAUAUCUGAAAUAAAAUCUUUGUUACCAAAUGGAUGGGCUUAUAUUGGGGGUGGAGGAGGGGGGGGGGGGUUUUAACAAGCACAAGCAGGCUUGACUACUGUAAUGGUUUAUUGUACGGUGCUCCUGAGUAUCAAAUUAAGAAACUUCAAAGAGUCAUGAAUGCCAGUGCUCGAUUGGUUUAAUGUGCACCUAAGUAUUGUCACGUUACUCCUUUGCUAAGAGAACUCCACUGGCUACCAGUGCGCUUGCGCGUAGAUUUUAAGAUUCUCCUUGUUACAUUUAAGAUUCUUCACGGUGUUGCGCCUAGUAUGUUAAUAUUGUAAUAUUGUAAUUUUACCGGGUGAUUUUACUGGUUUUAAUUUAGUUAUUGAUAAUAUUGUAAUGCGCUUUUGAGUAUUUUUAUAGAAAAAGCGCAAUAUAAGUAUUGAAUAUUAUUAUAUUAUUAUUUAACAUGGGAUUUUACGGUAAGUGAGAUAUAAUGUUUAAUGUUCCAUGGAAAAUAAAAUGGAAAUUAUUUGAAAUUGGUCUCUUCUAACAGGUGGCUUGCUAUGACCAAGCAAAACAACUUUUACUUGCAACAGGGUGAGUUAUUUAUUCUUUACAUGUCUAUUGGAUCAUAGCCUGUUGCAGGCUCCAAGAUAGUGGGGAAAGUGGAUCUGAAAAAGUUACGUGAAAACCACUUGGGGGCUGGGGUGAGACAGAGAGUGGAGCCUGUAAGCAUUCGGGUAUACCAGCUUCAUGGCUGUACUUAGGAUUGGUCAAUAAUAUUAUUGUGACAGUUUAUGUCAAUCAUUUGGCCUCAGGCAUGCCUAACAAACAUUUUGAGCAUAUGAAACCCUCCUACACUGCAACUUUUGAUGUUUUGACAUUUAACAUUGCGGUUUUCAGGAAGUGGGUGGGGUAGUGGUUACAGGCUUUCCCCAUCUUUCUACUGCUAUUUUCCACUUAAUCACUAUUUCUUUGCUUGUGCGCUUUUUUCAUUUGUCGACACUGACUGAGAGCCUGGCAUAAUUUGCUAAUUGAAUCAUUAUUGUCACUCUUAGAUGUUCAAUGUCCAAAUUUGAGUCAGGUCAAGAGUAGAUAACUCAAGAAUUUAAAGGAAACCUUGAUUGCUUAAUUUGCAUUUAUGCAUUGUCACUACAUCCAGCUGUACAUAUUAUUAUUAUUUUUUAAUUGUCAUUUGCAGAGUUUUUAAAGAUAACAUUAUCACACACUUUACAGCAAGUUUUAUAGCGGUAAGAUAUGUUUUGCUGUGUGUUUUUUCCUACAAUUUUCAAUUGUUUUUUGAUCAACAAGCACAUUACAUACAAUGUAAUCACAAAUAUUGACUUCUGUUUAAGAUGCACUUUGUUAUGUAGUGACAGUUUAAUUUUAAUUGCCCUGUUCCCGUGUUUCAUAUCAAGCUGCCUUCUUCAAGUUGUAAUAGCUGGGAGAAGUAAGAUAAUUAAUUAAAUUAAGAAAUGCUUUGUACUUGAUGCAAUUUACACAACUGCUAACGGGAAACAAUCAUUAUUAAAAAUCAUUGAAACUAUGUCAAUGUUUGUUUAGGGUACAAUUGCCACUGGAAUCACACAACCUGUUGAUGUAAUGAAAACAAGACUCAUGGAAGCCAAGCCAGGCCAGUACAAGGUAAAACUAGUACCUCUCUUCACUGGCUGUUUUAAACUUACAGUAUUUGCAGCACUCCCCUACAAAACAUAGUGGAACAUUUAAAAAAAUAAUGCUACUUUUCACUGUUGUUACAAUACCAACUCUAGAAUAGCUGUUGUGUAUUACAAUGUUAUUAAUGAAUGCAUUUUCCUGGUGUUUUAACACUGCAUGUAUUUUUAUAAUUCAAAGGAAUUCAAAUGUUGAGAUUGGAGCUAAAAAUAAGUACUUUGAAGUCAUCGAAUUGUGGAGUUUUCACAAGAGUUGCAUUUUAAUGAAAAAUUGUAUUUUUUAUUUCAGUAUUAUUUUCCUUUGUUUUAAACCUGUCAUCAUACAUUACUAUUCCCAAGAACAAAAGUUUGAUGUUCAAAAACUUUAUUUUUCGAAGUACAUGCAAGUUUAUCGUACAGCUGAUUUCCUUUUUUUUCUUUCAGAGUGUGGCUCAUUGUGUUCUUUACACAGCAAAGCUUGGACCUAUGGGCUUUUAUAAGGUUGCUAUUAUCUUAAUGUGAACAAAUGUAUAAUAACUUCGUAGAGGAAAACCACUACAAAUAAUGCCAAUGCAUACCUUGAAUUUUCCACCAGUAUCUUUUCUUUUAGCAUAGUUAAAAUACAAAAUCAGUCAGCCCAAAGAGGACUGCAGUUUAAAUUUUAUUGGUAGCUACUUCAAUAUUGUUCUGAACUCAGGCUUUUUCUCAUUAGGAAAAAGGCAGUGUUACUAAGUUGAUAAGACUCACUGUUUUCUUUCUAGCUUUAGCUACUGAUACAGGUUCUUGUGCUUUAUCCGUGUUAGUUGUAUAGGCCAUUUCCAAUUUGCCCCAAGCCUCUGUCUCAAAGCGAGGCUAAGUGCAAAGCUAUUGAUAUAAAAAUAGUUUUUUAUUCUCAUGCAAUUUAAAUUCAUUUUCACAAGAAAGGUUUUGUACUUACCCUCGUUUUGACAAGAGAGGUUUUGGAACUCGGAAUUGGCCUAUUGACUUGAGGGUUGUAGGAAAAUCCUAUCUCAGUUUGAGACAGGGAAAGAGGAGGGAUGGCAUUGCGCAAUUUUAAUGAGUGAUAAAAUAUCCUACAUUAUUGAUAAUUUUUAAGCAGUCUCUUGUGGAGCAUGAUUUUAAAACUUAAGUGACUUUAUUCCUGAAAUGAAAUAAAAAUGAAUGAAAGAAGAGGUGUUAUGUACUUAAUAACCACUAAGAACUGUUUUUUUCCCCUUUUUUUCAGGGUUUUGUUCCAGCAUGGGUCCGUUUAGCACCUCAUACAAUUCUAACAUGGAUCUUCCUAGAGCAGCUUAGAGUUUUCUUUCCUAUUAAACAGCAAGAGUGAUUUCAGUAGUCAGUCUUGCAGAUAAUUAUUUACAUUUUACAUGUGUGUUUAUGGUGUUGUAGUACAGGUAGCAGGUAGAUCCUUAUCUCUAAACCAUUUAAUGUUAGACCAACUUUUAAGAAAAAGUAACCCCAACUUGCAAGGUUGGGGCGUAGGGGGAGGGUGGGUUUUGGUGCGAUCUUACCGGUAACGUUUCAUAAUCUCUUAUUAAGUG